AUGAAAACAACCCUUGCUACGCUGUGUCCUCCUGCAUGCCAGGGCAAGUACACUGAGGCCGAGCCGCUCUACGAGCGGUCACAAGCCAUACGAGAGAAGGUAUUGGGUUCGGAGCAUCCUCGUGUGGCCACAUCGCUCAACGACCGGGCGAAGUUGUUGUGCAAGCAGGAGGAAGCCGACCCGGAAGGACUGUGUAUCACCACGCUACACUGCGACGGAGGGGGCGAGUUCAAGGGAAGGUUCGCGGCGCUGGCAGCAUCACUUGGAAUCAAAAUCGAGACCAACGCCCCGUACAUGCCUCAAGGCAACGCCGUCGCCGAGCGUGGCUUUGGCACGGUCGCAGCCAUAACGCGGCGCCUUCUUCUUGGGGCACCUCAUCUACCGGAGAGUCUGUGGGCCGAAGCGUUCCAAUACGCGAUCUAUAUACUGAAUCGCACGCCUACGGACGUCUUGGGCGGCAAGGCACCACUUGAGGUAUGGGAGAACAAACCGCUUGGCAGCUUGCACCACAUCCGCGAAUUCGGUUCGGUAUGCUUUAAGCACGUGGAAGCGGGGGACAGGCCCAACAAACUGGCUGCCAGGGCUGAGAAGAUGUUUCUGGUCGGUGUCAACCCUAAAAGCCGGUCGUGGAGGCUAUGGUCCCCUCGUGACAAGUUUAAGAUCACCAACUCCGCCGAAGUUUCUAUUCGCGAGAAAGCCCCGCGCGACGUGGUUCCCCCCAAGGCAGGGCAUGAUCCGCUGCCAGAGACUCCAAUGAUUUACCAUCCCGGUCCGGAAGAGUCUGAUGACGACGUCGACAGUGUGGUGGAGCCACAAGACGAGCAGAAGGAUAACGAGCCGGAGCCCACGCCUCAGGCGCAAGAGCCGGGCCCCCGUCGCAGCACCAGGAACCCCAAGCCGACUGAACGUCUGAACCUGUUUACCUUUGCCACGGAGGAGGAGGCCUUCGAGCAAGUGGAACGCUCCCUGACCAAAAGUUCAUCGCUUGGCA